CAAAAAAUCACCAUUCCCAAAGGCCUAACCACCACCGCCUUCACUUCCACUUCAUGACCUAGCUACGCAAAACGACUCAACGUCCAUUCCUCAAGGCUCAAUACCAAACACCCAACGUUCCGAGGGUGAAGGCCUCUAAUACCAUUCUUCACGACUUCAAAAAAUACCAACGCCAGUGAUUGUUCAGGUUCGGGUUUGAUUGCAAUUUAACCAAGCUCAUGAUGCGUCAUCAAUGAAUUUGCAGCUAAGGAGGUUUUAGAUCCAGAAGUAGUCAUAGGAAGUCUGUUUGAUUGUACACCGAGCUUCAUAAUCUACAAGUGGGAUCAAAGUGAAAAAUGGCUACAAAAGGUGGAAGGAAGAAUCUGAAGAGGGCGGUUAAUGAUGAGACAUUAACUCUUCAACCAGGCCAAAGCAUUAUGCAAGUCGUUUCUCUGCGAGGAUCCAAUUCAAUCGAGGUAACUGAUGCCAAAGGAGAAAAGGCCUUGGCGUUUUUCCCAGCUAAAUUUCAGAAAAGCAUGUGGAUAAAACGAGGUAGUUUUGUUGUGGUUGAUGAUAGUGGGAGAGAGGAAGCUGUUGAAUCUGGAAGAAAAGUGGCUUGCGUUGUUCUUCAAGUUCUUUUCCAUGAACAAGUCAAAGUGUUACAAAAAUCUCCAGAAUGGCCAGAAAUCUUCAAAUCGACCAUAGUGGACAGUUCCAAUGGAAACUCUCAAAGAAACCCUUCAACCACAACAGAGGAAAACGAGUUGGAUUCUAGUGAAGACGAUGGGCUGCCCCCAUUGGAAGCCAACACAAAUAGAAGAAUACCUGUGGAGACGCAAUCGGAUACAGGGUCAGAUUCUGAAAUAGAAGAUUCUUAAACAUGGAAAACUGCCAUCAACAGCAAUGGCAUUCCUGCGUGUAAUCCUAAUAUUAUCGCGAUUCUUGUAUUUUUCACAUUUUUGUUAAGUUGUGUGAUGUAACAUUUUGGAUUUGACCUCCUUUAUUAACUAAUGAAAUAUAAUGAUGCUGU